AUGGCCCAGGGUGGUGCCAUGGGAUACCAAACCCCUGACUCGUUACAACUCGAAACGACACAACCAUUAAUCUUCACUACACGCUUGCACACGCGGUCGAGUCGACGGAAGAAACUCAACCAAUACGUCAAAUGCGAGAGAAUAGGCAAAGGGAGACAUGGGGAGGUUUAUCUAUGUCGGGAUGGCCAUCGCGAAGUGGCGAUUAAAGCUGUCAAACGAAGCAAUCCCAAGGACAAGAUUAAGCUACUGAGGAAGACAUAUCAACAGCAGGAUGAAUCGGGACCGCAGAAGCGUCCCAAGUUGAGCAGCACGGAGAACAGCAUACGGAAAGAGAUUGCUGUCAUGAAGCAGUGUCGGCACCAUCCUAAUCUCGCGAUGCUGUACGAAGUCAUUGAUGAUCCAAAGGAGGAAAAGAUAUACCUUAUCAUGGAAUACCUAUCCGGAGGUCCUGUCGAAUGGUCGACCCAGGACGACAAGCCAUUAUUGACCUUGGCGCAGACGCGUCGCGUUAUGAGGGACGUCAUACUGGGUCUCGAAUUCAUGCACGCUAGGAACAUCCUGCAUCGAGAUAUCAAGCCCUCCAACAUCAUGUACACCGAAGACCGCCGGUCUGUCAAGCUGAUAGACUUUGGCGUGUCUCAUAUCAUUUACCCACCAGCCGACAAGAAACGAAAGCUGGACGCAGACGAAUGUGAAGCCUACGAGAGGUCUUUAUUCACCCGGUCUGACUUGUUGAAGCGAAUCGGGACCCCUUCAUUCCUAGCACCGGAAGUGGUGUGGUUCUCCGACACCCUUGACUUGUCGAGUUCCGCAUCCUACGACGUGACCCUGCCUACGUCUUUCGAGAGCCCGUCCGACACUGUGGUUGGAAGCACCUUCUCAAUGCCCAAAGUUCGCCCGCCGAUAACCAAAGCUGUGGAUAUCUGGGCUCUCGCAGUAACUUUCUAUUGCCUUCUUUUCGGACACACCCCAUUCACAGGCUCUUCUUCCUCUGAGAACGACAAUCCCCAUCACCAGGAGUUCAUGCUCUACCACCAAAUUUGCAACCAAGAUUGGACCAUUGACGACGUGAUGGGGGCCGAGCGGAUCCCAACUGGAGGUCGUAGACCAAGGGAUGCCACGAGUGAUGGAUACCUGGUGGUACAGUUGCUCGAAGGGAUGCUUCAAAAGGAUCCCAGAGAUCGCAUGCCCCUCUCGGAAGUGAAGAAGAAUCCAUUCAUCCUUCGGGAUGUAUACAAUGCAAAGGACUGGCUUCGCCUAACAGCCCAAGAGUCGACCGAGUCAGAGCCUUGCUACCAAUGGCUCAAGGUUGCCGCCCGAAAAUUCGUCAACUUGCUUUCGAAACAAGCUCGCUCAUGA